UGUGAAAUAAGAGUUGCUUAUUUGACUAGAAAAAAAAACAAUUGACCGGAUCUACCGUCACACGUUGCUCAACCCCUCCUUCCAACCUCAAUAACAUCAAGAAGACCCUCUUGAAGAAAUUUUUGGUGCAAGUUAACAGGUUUCUUCCCAGUUAUUGUAUGAGUCAAAAAAUAGAAAAGCCAGUACUGCAAGGUCAGCGCAUUAAGACCAGAAAAAGAGAUGAAAAAGAAAAAUACGACCCUACUGGCUUUCGUGACUCGAUCAUACAAGGACUGGACAAGGCUGGAACUGACUUAGAGGCAAUUUCUAAAUUUUUGGACACAGCAGGAUCUAAGCUUGAUUACAGGCGAUACGGUGAAGCUCUGUUUGACAUUCUCAUUGCUGGUGGACUUUUAGUACCCGGAGGGUCUAUCGCUCAGGAUGGAGACAAGCUGUGCAAGACCAAGGCCUGUGUGUUCGAGGCUCCUGCUGACAUGGCCUCAAUGCGCAACUACGAGCAGGUCUUCAUCAAACUCAUGCGCCGUUACAAGUACUUGGAGAAAAUGUUCGAGGAUGAGAUGAAAAAGAUUUUAGUUUUUGUAAAAGGGUUCAAUGAACAGGAACGCAUAAAAUUAGCUCGUAUGACUGCCUUAUGGAUCUCCAAUGGUUCAGUACCUCCUACAGUGCUACAGGUGUUAAUCAACGAACAUCUUGUUAAAGAUAAUAUCGCUCUUGAUUUCCUGAUCGAAGUGUUUGUUACCUGGAAACAAGAGAAGGGACUUCAAAGUUUGAUGACUGCUCUAAAGAAAGGCGGCCUAGAAGGAAGGUUGAUGGAGUUUGUACCCCCCAACAAACGUUCUGAAGAAUAUUUCCGAUCUGCAUUUGAAGAGAAAGGUUUAGCAGAAGUUGUGAAACUGCAUAUGGCUCAGGCUUGCCAAGAGGCAAAACGAGAUCUCCAACUGCAUUUAGAGGAAGAGUUAGCUGAUGGCCGGCCUGUCAAAGAUAUUGUUGCUGACGUGCGUGACAUUGCUCAAAAACAUCUUAUCCCAGAACAAGAAGUUAUCACUCUGGUGUGGACUACUGUAAUGAACGUGGCUGAGUGGAACAAGAAGGAGGAACUGGUAGCGGAGCAGGCUCUCAAGCACCUGCAGAAGUACACACCACUGUUCGCUGCGUUCACUAGCACUGCCAAGUCCGAGAUGGCGCUCACUCUCAAGAUACAGGAAUACUGCUACGAGAAUAUGAAUUUUAUGAAGAUCUUCCAGAAAAUAAUACUGCUAUUUUAUAAAACUAAUGUGAUCUCUGAAGAAGUUGUGAUGAAAUGGUACAAGGAUGGGCACUCUGUUAAGGGGAAAAUGAUGUUUUUGGAACAGAUGAAGAAAUUUGUGGAAUGGCUCCAGAGUGCUGAAGAAGAAUCUGAAUCUGGCGAAGAAGAUGAUUAAAUUAGAAAAUAGAAGUGCAUAUGUAUACAAGUUUCAGGCCAAGUGAACAUUCAAAUUUAAGUAUCGAUACAAGACGAUCACAUCACAUCAUCCCAUACUUCCAGAUGUGUUUCAUCCAACACUAACGUAACGCUAAAACAAGUAAAUCCAGGGUGGUUGGUUCAACUUAUUUAUUAUUUAGGGCUGCUCGAUGUGAGAGGUGGUUUAAUGCUGCACAUAACCCAGACUCUUGUGCGUGUUUACAACUUUUUAUCAUUGUAAUGUUUUUACGAAAUAUAUUUUGAUACUGAACUAUUGUGUUGAAAAGACUUUUUACAAUAUGAGUCUCGCCUAUGUAUGUGACCCGAUCAGAACUCUAGACUCAGCCACGUUCCUUGUAUCUCCACCUGCAACCUUCUGGUGCCUUACAAAAAUGUUUUUGUUGGGGAUCAAUAGUGUUUUAGUCGUUAACGUCGUUCAUCAUGUCUAUAUUUAGUGAUUUAAGGAAAUUAAUUUAUUUUUAUACUGCAAUGAAAACAUAACACACUUCAUCAGAUGGCCAUUUUUCAUGACGGAUUAAAUUUAAGGGGCAUGAUGAUCCUCUGCAUGUUCAGUUAUCCAUGGUUUCAUCAUGUCUUGUUGUUGGAGGUGAAGAUACAGGAAUACAUGUGAUAUAGUCUCUUAAUUUGGUAAAACCUCAUUAUAUCUGUUGUUCAUGUUGUUUUAUAUAACAUCAAUAUUAUCUUAUUUGUAUUCUGCAUAAUUAAGUACCGUAGCACUUAUAUCUAGUAAGAUUGAUUAUUUUCUGUAGGUAAUUAAUUAAAAAAAAAACAUUAUUUCCAUAGGUUAAGGCUAGGGUUUUGUAAUAUAUAACUUUAUGUCGAGGAAAUGUGUCAGGCGUUAUGUUAUUAAAAAUAAAUGCAACAUUGUAAUAAAAGUGGUCAUUUUGACUAA